UGCGUGUGCGUCCUGGUAUGGCUUGUAUUGGAUGGCGGCAACCCUCUACAGCCUACCGGAUAUAGGUGAAACAACUAUCUCGGCGGUUAAUCUUGUUCCGUGUCCGAGUUCAAGAUGCAGGCUGUCAGCCACGCGCUCUCAUGCAACCCCGGGACACGUUGUAUGAGACGACAUGCCUGCAGGGGCUUACGUGCAGGAUGUGAUCUGCAGAGUUAUCGCCUGCUUCAUUGCAUCCUUCCAUACCCGAGCCGGGUCUUCCGCCUCCUGCAUGUCAGACUUAAGUCUGAUCAAGGGACAAUCCUGACAAAGUUAUACUUCCGGCUAUGAGGGAUUUUCCGCCGGAUUCUGCAGGAAUGUUUCCAACGAUGUCUAUAAGACCUCGCAAGACAUCGGCUGGCUUCCGUCUCACCAUCCGAACCUGAUUAUCAUUCCUUCACUCCAACAUCCUUCACAACAUGGAAUCUUUAGCCUUUUCUUACGGUGCCCCCAAGCCAAUCGAAGGGAUCCGUCUGGCCACGGCGCCGCUGCCCGUCUGUGGGCCACAGCAAGUGGUGGUCCAGUUCCUGGCGGCCCCGAUCAACCCUUUGGACCUCCUUGUGAUCCAGGGAAAGUAUCCGGUCAAGCCCCAGAACAGCAUUGUCGGGCCUGACAAACAGACGCUAGCAAUCCCGGGGUCUGAUGGAGCGGCCCGUGUUGUCCAGACGGGAACCGACGUCAGCACCCUGGCCGUUGACGACAUUGUCAUCCUUCGCGCGCACUGCCACGGUACAUGGCGCACGCACGGUGUGUUCGCGGCGAAGGAUCUCAUUCGUGUCCCAUCCGGCAUCGAUCCUCGGCUGGCCUCGAUCCUCCGAAUGGGGGCCGCGCCCGCGUACUUCCAGCUGCGGGACUAUCGCCCUCUCGAGCCCGGCGACUGGAUCCUGCAAAAUGCGGCGACGGGGACGAUCAGUCACUUUGUGACUCAGCUGGCCCCGAUGUACGGGGUUCGAGUGAUCAGUGUCAUCCGCGACCGCGGCACGGCCGACGAGCUCGCGCGGAUCAAGCGAUCGCUGCAAUCCCACGGGUCGGCGCUGGUCGUGACGCACGACGAGCUUCGCACGACCACCACUCUUGACGACAAACGCAUCGUGUUGGCGGUGGACUCGGUGUCGGAUGAUGCGCUGGCCAAGGACAUGGCGGCCCGUCUCAUCCCCGGUGGGACCCUGGUCACAGCCGGGUUCCUGGGGGUCUCGACUGGCGAAGGGGUCAACCUGCGGCAGUUCCUCUGGCAGCGCAACAUCACGCUGCAGGCCUUUCGACUGAGCGACUGUCUCGGAAAGCGCAGCCUUGGCCAGCAGACGGCGCUCAUCGAGUGGCUGGCGGAGUUGUUAACGCGCGGAGUCCUCACAGCUCCGGCGCUAGAAUACGUGCACUGGAAACGGGGAGAGGAUGGGUUGGAACAGCGACUGAAGGAAUCCGUCCAGGCGCACGAAAUGGGGGCGAUUGGGGAGAGGAAGAAGAUCCUGGUGUUCGACUGAAGAUGACUCGGUUCCAAUGUACA